AUGAAAACCUUAAAAAAUAUUAAACAAUAAAUGGACUUUUAAGCGAUGAAUAAAUUAUUCAAAAUUCAUAAAAUUUUACGAAAUUUCUUUCUGAUAGUCUAUAUUUAAGUUCAAGAGCAUGCAGAUUAGCUUUAUCAAUAAUCCUAAAAUAUUAAAAUUAGCUAUUUACAAAUGAACCUAUUGGUAUAUUCAAGAAAAAUUUAGAUAGUAAUAACAUAAAAAAACAUUAAUCAAGCAACUCCAAAUAGUAACCAGCAAUAAAACUAAAAGAAAAAAUAUAUAAAAUAAUAUCAUCAAUAGAUUAAUGUGAUAUUAAAAUAGAUACUUAACUUAUAAAUACUUUGUUUAGAGGAGAAAAGGAAAUUUUAGGAAGUAAUCAUGCUUGUUAAUUCAUUUAGUUAAUGCUCAAAAAUUAAUAUGAAAAUAACAAUUACUUGA